GAGUUGGUUCUGCUUGGAGCAAAAUUAGGACUCUGUACUAUAAUUCUCAUCAAAUCCCGAGGUGAAGUUCUCUGGUAAAGAUUGGUUCGGAUUCCUGCACUCCAGGCCCCACUUUUCCCCUCUCCUGGACUGCCCCGCCCCCUUGACCCACCCCUGUUUGACCGUGAUGGACUAGCGUCAAGGUUAAGGCCUUGAUUGGUGGAAAAAGUCACACCAUGAUGUAUGCCUCGUGAACAAGCUCAGCCCUGCGAGAUCUGUGAGUGUGGUUGUGUGAGAAUAUCCAGUGUCUCUCUCUCGAGGCUGACUGACUGAGCAUGAAUUAUCUACGUGAACUUCUCUACCGACCGAAAAGGUCGGACAAGUCCCUGUUGGCUCGGUUCUAUUUUGCGGACUUGAAUCUGAAUGCCGUGGCCGCGGAGUUGGACUCGUUUGAUGGUCGGAAAGAUCCGGAGCGAUGCUCAUGUUUGGUCAACAAGCUCCGGAGCUGCCAAGACAAGUUACUGAACAUUUGCCACAAAAUGUUAGAAGAGAUCGAGCCGGGUGUGACGGGCAGAACCCGGGAAUUUCGGGCCAAGUUUCCAGACGACAUCAUGACCGACAACUUGGCCGGUCAGUUGUGGUUUGGGGCCGAGUGUUUGGCUGCGGGUUCGUCCAUCAUGAACAAAGAACGCGAAUCGGACGCGAUGCGGCCUUUGGCCAAGGCCGUGACCAAAUCGUUGGACAAAGUCCGCGAACUCUUGCGUGAGCAGUGCCUUUCUCCUCAACCGGAGUACUCGGAGAAGAUUCGGGAGAACCUUAAGAUCUUUGAUCGUCUAUUUGCGGAGUUUGAAUACAAAUACGUUCAGUGUAUGGUCCAUGUAAAGACGAUCAAAGAGUAUGAACUUCAUCAGGAUCUGAUCGUUCUCUUCUCGGAGACCCUGAACCGAGCCCUCCGGAACGACAUGAUCACGCAAGAUACGGUGGACUUCUACGAGCCCAGUCUCAUGUUUGCCAUUCCGCGAUUGGCCAUCGUUUUUGGCCUGCUUUUGGCCCCAGGAGGUCCAUUGAACGUCGAUCGAAGUAGCUCGGACUUCCCGGAGCUCUUCCUUCCGUUCAAGAACCUUUUGCGGAAGAUUCGCGAGCUCCUACUUACCCUCGCCCCCCAUGAGGUCCUCGUCCUGGAAAUGCUUCUCUGUCAGCAAGAAGAGCCCGCCAAUAUUAGUAACAAACUCAAAGAGGUCGAACACAAGCUGGAAAACCAAGAGAAAUCCGUGGAAAGCAAGGUUCAGGCCGACCGCCUUCAAGAGAAACUCUUUCAACCCACUCAAGCCCAAAGUACCUGUGAUCAAUCCGUCGCCUCAUCCUCGUUGUCACCACCGAAUCCUGGGAGUGAGGAUGGGCCUGAAGUUGUUCGUGAUAUUCUGGAUCAGGCCUUGAUCACCAUGUUCGAAGACCUGGCCGCUGAUGACGCCUUCCGUCAUGUCACCUCGUCCAUGGAGAGUUCCGUCCACUUGUCCACCUCCACGCCCGCAUUAGAAUCGGCUGCCGCCGCCGGUGCCGCUUCUGAAAACCCCAAUGUGAUCGAAAUUGAUUGCACGAACCCGGAUGUCCGAGUCAGCCCAUCGAGACGGGUCACACCCACACUUCCCACCGAACACGAGGACACUCAUCCCCUCCAAAAUAGUGAGAGGCCGGGAAAGGGAGCUGUGGCUACCUCGUCGUCCUCGGGUCCCAACCCGCCGUACAGUCCCCGUCCUCGCCCCCGUCUCAAGAGACAUAAUGCCAAACGCGAUAGCCGGAGAAUUCCCAUUCGCUAUCACAAAGACCGAAGAGCCAAGUUCAAGUCCACUGAAGACCUUCUUCAUCGUCUCUACGUGUGCAUCUCUGGAGCGGCGGAUCAGUUGCAAAGCAAUUAUGCGGGCGAUUUCAGAGCCAUCCUUCGAUGCGUGUUCCUGGUCAAUGCUUCAAAGGAUGAAGAUCCGGAGGAGGAGGAGGAGGACCAAGAGGACAACAGUCAUCUGGAUCCCGCCUCCACCUCCUCGGAAAUGACCCUCUCGCCCGUGGACGAGGACGUGGAAUCGUCGCAGGUCGAUGGCCAAGAGGAGCGCGUGGUCCCCACAUCCCAAUCUCUGCCCAACGAGUUUCCCGUCGACUUGGGAACCGACGCACUCCAACACGAACUUAGUCAGCAUCUGGCUCAGGAACACCUCCGAUCCGCCGGUUCACACGAUGACCUGGACGCCUCUAGUCUUAGUAGCGGCACCCAAGGAGGAUCUUCCAGUCAAGCUCAACAGGGAAGUAUCUACGCUCAGAACAUCGACCUCCAUCUCCAGGAUAACGUGGACGAUGGACCGGUCUCCGUUCCAUCCACAACCAGAGAGGAGCUUCGAACCCAAGUAUUCUAUCAACCUGAGCCCACUCUCCUGGACAUUGCUACCGGUGGUAGCCCUGACCAACUGCCACCCGAGUCCGUGGGUCAAGAGGCCACGUUUGUGGCCGGCUAUCGUGGUAUCAUCGAGAGCCCACCGGCUUGGAUCCCGGAUGAGCAGGCGCCUUACUGCAUGGGAUGCAAGGAUGGCUUCACGCUCUUCCGGAGACGUCAUCAUUGCAGGAGCUGCGGCCUGGUAUUUUGUAAUCGAUGCUCCUGCCAUUCCCUGGCACUUCCGCAAUUUGGUAUUGAUAGACCCGUGCGGGUGUGCAAUCGCUGUCACGUGAUUUACAAGUUUCCGGAAUCCAACGAUGAUGUCGCUAGUGAAGCUCGAAGCCCGCAGCAAUCUGAACGCCAUGGUGCGAAUGGGAAUUCUUGGGCCCGUAAUUUCGGCAUGGUCUCGUGAGCCAAACUGACUCCUCGACUACAACACAAUCAUUUACUAUAUACCCUGAUCCAUUACGUUGAACUGUUGCUUUUUCUGUCUCCCGAAGAGAAUGAUACGAAUUCAAACCUGAGUGAAAACAAAGCGAAUAAAAAGAGAACGAAUAGCAAUGACAAGAAUCAUAAA